AUGUCUGCGCAGUCACCCAUAGCGCCUUCGAGGCAGGAGACCUUGGCAAGCAACUUCAGCGACGAAGCUGUUCCCGAGGCGGACCCCAGCCAUGCCGCCGGUCUCCUCGCACAGCGACUCCAGGCGUGGAAACAUGCCGUCGUCUAUCUCGAGGAGUAUAUGGAAGCCGUCGAGAAGAUCCACAAGGCGCAUGCCAAGGAGUACGAGAGAGUCCUCAAGACAAUCUCGAAGCCCCUCAGGGAGGGCGACCACUUCGACCAGUCGCUCGGAGGCGUCGCUGGCUUCUUCGAAAACAUGCGCGUCAACACACAGGCCCUGAUCAACACCAACCUGGAGACGGAGAAGCACAUCAAGGGCUCCGUGCUCCCCAUCAUCGAGCGCCUGCACAAGGAGAUCAAGCACAAGGCCAAAGAACUUUCCCAUGGCGCCGAGAAGGGGGCCAAGGAAGUUGAAAAGGCCCGUAACUCGACUCAGAAGCACAUCGAACUCCUCGGCCAGCACACUGCCUCGUACGAGUCGACAGGGCACAAAGCCCACCCCACUGACGACCCCUAUGUUAUCCGAAGGGGCAUUCUGCACCGCCUGAGCAAGCAGGUGGUGGAGGAGAACAAUCACCGCAACGACCUCAUCGCUGUCCAGGCUAACUUCCAGACCUUUGAGGCGCAUGUGGUCCACGUUAUGCAGGAGUCCAUGGAGGCUUUCAACUCGUUUGCGGGUGGCCAGGCCGAGAAGACCCGCGCCCUCUACAACGAUAUGCUAGGCGCCGUCCAGCGCAUCCCUCCCGACUUUGAGUGGAACAAAUUCGUUGCGCGCAAGAGCGACGUGCUAAUCAACCCCAACGACCCGCCGCGCGCCCUCGAGGGCAUCCAGUUCCCUAACAUGGACCAUUCGUCCACCAAGCCCCUGAUCGAGGGCACGCUCGAGCGCAAGAGCCGUAACAAGCUCUCGUGGGGCACCCAGACGGGCUAUUACGUAGUGACGCCCUGCAAGUUCCUGCACGAGUUCAAGGACAACGACAACCUGCGCAAGGACCCCACCCCCGAGCUCAGCAUCUACCUGCCCGAUGCCAUCAUCGGCGCGCCACACGGCGAGAAGUUCAACGUCAAGGGCAAAGACCGCUCCAAGACGAUGAGCAGCAAGCUCACGGGUCACUCGGAGCUGGCUUUCAAGGCCCACACGCCCGCAGACGCCGAGAAGUGGUUCAACGUCAUUCGCAACGUGGCUGGCGCUACAGGACCCGCCGAGCCCAGCCCAGACCCCAGCCCGGUCGACGAGAAGGCGAACCUGGCGGCCGCUACGACUGGCACCGAGAAGCUGGCCAUCAACACCGCUGACGGCCACGAGUCCGGCGUCACUGGCGGCCCAGCCGUCUUAUCUCCUGCCUCAGCCACCACAGCCGCGCCAGCAAACGAGAAGCACGCACCGACGGCUUUAGAUACGAAGGGCGGAGCCGCCGCCGCCGUACCGACCCCCCCGGCUUCAGCAAAGGCCGAGAAGGCGCCUGUAGCCCUCGCCUAA